AUGGCAGCCCGUUUCGUCGGCCUGCAUAUGCGGGUGGUUCUGAGGGAGCCUGCUGGGUACCAGGUAACUGGUACCGUGAGAGAUGUCGAGGCUGGAAGCAGCCUGACCCUGAUCAACGUGUUCGUGGCGGGAUCGAACGAGUGGUCGCCCGAGACGAAAAUCGAUGCGAGCAACAUCGCCGACCUUAGUGAAGUCAAGAUAGACCCUCAGCAAGCCUACUUCGCCGCCGCGCAAGCCCCAGAACCAGUAGUCAGCACACCGACGCAGGCUUCCCACCCCCAUCUCGAUGACCCUGCCAUUCUCAGCGUCAAACGGCCUACACAGCCAGCAGUGGCUACGAGCUUCCCCAGCGAAGGGGAGCUGUCCCCGACUCUGCUGGAAAUGCUUGACGGCAGUGACUCACCAGGUGUGCUGCAAGGCAUCCACGUGAACCGGCGGCCGAGGUCACAGUCUCCAGCCGUCGAGGUCGCAGGGCAUAUCCCGUUGGAGCGCCUGCACUUGGUGGAGGCGGCGGCUGGGGUAGAACUUACGAAACCGUCAGACUCGGAAGAACCCACGAACAAUGCAAAGCAGCAGCAGCGGAAACGGAGAAGGCGGCCCAAGAAGCAGGUUCUUCCACCGGGACAGGAUUCGGACACAGCGCUCGAACACUCCCCGGCGAGCAAGCCGCAGCCGAGCGGGCGAGGCAAAGGCUGGAGGCAGACACCGAUGUUACAGAGCACGGCGGCGUUUCAACCCUUCACAUCGUUGAAGCGUCUGUCGCGGGGCCGGAAGGGGAACGGUGACGGGAAUGGCUGGGCCUCGGAGGAUGUGACGGAGGAAAUGGGCGAAUUUGAUUUCGAAAACAACCUGGCCAAGUUUGACAAGCGGACCAUCUUCGACCAGAUGCGGAAAGAGGAUCAGAUCGACGAGGGCGACCGACUCGUCUCCCACAACCGCCGACCGAAGCCAGGGACGAACGGAGGCAAGAAUCUGCAUUACACGGAAAACGUGCUUGAGAUCCCGACCGCCAUCGCUAAGAACGCCGGCUUCUGGAACAGCGAGGCGGAUGACCCGCAUGCUGUCAACAGCGGCGAGAGAAACUCCGGCCGGGAACCCAGAGCAUCCAGCUUGCGUAGGAACGAGAGCAAGCGCGGCGUCUCACGGCGGUCGCAGUCCCGCAAGGCUAGCCAGGUGGUCAUUGGCGCCCAGCCACUGUCAAGGGUGAACUCCGCGCAACGAUCGAAUCGCCCUGGGCUUUACAUCAUCUCCUCCAACCGUCGACUGGAAACGAUAUCCUCGCUGCAGAUGCUGAACCUGGAGAACAUUGCGGCGAACGAGGUUGGGUUCACGGAGGAUCUCAUGGCCGAGAACUCAGGGCGAGGUAUAGCUGAAGUAGCCCUGCGAGCUCUUGCCGAUCCCGCCGUCAAAGUGCGGUUCGAAAUGGCGGGCUGCGAGGCGUCGCUGGACAACUCAACGACGGUGAUUCUGGCAGGCAACAAUAAGUCGAGCGUGCGGGCAAUGGCGGCGGCUCGGCACCUCCGCAACAGGAACAUCGAUGUGGUUAUCUGCAUCGUGGGAAUCGAGCGGGAACGUGAUCUGCUCGAGGAUCUCCGGCGGCAGGUUGACCUAUACAGAGCCUUUGGUGGGAAGGUGAUGAGCAAGACAGAAUUCUUCGAGUACCUACGGAAGAACGCUGCGUCGGGGACUCGGAUACCCAUCUCACUCAUCAUCGAUUCCCUGCUGGGCCUCACCAUGUCGUUUGAGGAACUGCGGAUCGGUGAUCAAGCUACCGUGUACGAGCUCAUGGAGUGGGCGAACCGGAACGAGGCGUUUACGCUGUCCAUAGACAUCCCGUCAGGCAUCGAUCCGACCUCUGGCAAGAUUGCCAUCAUUGACGGAACGCCACUAUUCGUUAAGCCACGAUAUGUGGUCGCUAUCGGAGCGCCAAAGCGGGGUCUUCUCGAAGCUGUCACGCCCCCAGACGAUGACGACGAGACGGCUUCAGUCGCCCACGAGGACAACUGGCGACUGUUCGUUGCCGACAUGGGCCUGGGGAGCUCGGUCUGGAGAAAAGCAGGGACGAAGAUGCGGCGGGGCAUCGAGUUCAAUGGAAACUGGGUGCUCGAGAUGCAGUACCGCGCGUUCGGCCACAGCUCCGGCGAAUAA